AUGGCCAUCCAAUUGUUGGUGUUCCUCCCCCAAUUCCGAUUCCCACGCGUGAGCCCGACCUUUCCCGCACACGCGAGCACCACCCUUCCCGACGAUGGCGACGGGCCGCUCCAGGAGAUGGCCAAGCGCUUUGGGUGGGACCUCUCCGACGAGGACGGAUGGAGCUGCCUCGACCUCCGCCUCAUCGGCACCUGCUACGGCAGCCGCAUCCCGAGAAAGGGUGCCCGGAAGCAAAGCACCAGCAGAAGCAACAACAACAGCUCCACCGGUAGCGCCAAGAACGGCUCCAUGUUCAACGUCGGUGCUGACUUGGAUGGCGCCAGGGUGAAGCGGGAUGAAAGGAGGGAGCGGAUGCGGAUGAGGAGGGAGGACCAGGUGAGGACGGCCAAGAUGGGGAUACUCGGGGUGAAUGUUGGCGUGCAGGACGCUGGCGUUCCGGUGUCGUUGCGGAGGAAGGCUGAGAUUUGGACAGCCAAAAAGGAAAUUUUGGAGCUGCGUCGGGGCAGCUGCGCCGGUGAGGUGCUUGACGAGAAGAGGGCGGCAAGGAAAGGCGGCCAGGGCGCCAACCCCUCCCCCGAUCAGCAAGCAUUCUUGGACAAAGUCAGGAAGCUCAAAGGUGAAGAUAGCUAG